AUGGUGAGAUGGAUAUAUCGAGGGAAUUUCUUCGGUGGAAUGUCGUCGAUGAGAUGGAAAGCAUUGAUCGCCAUUUCCCUUCUCAUUUACGCUUUCAUUCUCUACACUCCGAUUGCCUCGUCACCGAAUCGAUAUAUUGAGAUUGAAAACGUGAAAGCUGAAUCAAAGAAUGAACCAAAUCCUCCACUGCCAAUUCCAAGAAAUAAAAUCGAUGAACAAAUAGCGAUUGUGCCUGAGAGAAUUAAAGCAGUUCAAGAUCCGCUCAGAGGCGAUAGGAUUGACAUGCAAAAAGAAUGGGACCAAGCUCUGAAAGAGGGAAGAGAGCGAAAGCUUGGGAUUACAAAGCAGGAAUCAGUGGAGAAGAAAGAAAUGGUGGAAACGCAAAAAGAUCGACAAGAAGAAGCAAAAAUUGAGGUCCCAAUUCCACAAGAGAAAACCCUUUCACCAACGGGAAUCGGAGAAGCAAGAGGAACUGGGGAUUCUUUCAAAUACGCAUUUCAACCAUUGAAAGAAGAAGAAUUUGUGGUAGAGAAUGUGAUGACAAUUCCGGGCAUGAGUUUCGAGCAAAGAAUGACCGCGAAAGUUGAUAGAAAUGCAAAUCCGAAAUUGAUUGUCACAUGGAACACCGGAUUGAGCGAUGCGAAUUUGGGUGGAUGUCCGGACUGGAAUUGUCGAGUCGUCAAUAGCAGAGAUAAGUUAUCCGAGGCUGGCGCAAUCAUUGUCGGCCAUGAAGAUGUCGCCUUUCAACCACAAUCCAAUCAAUACAUCGUUUAUUUCAGUCAAGAAUCGCCGGCUCAUUCCGGCUAUCAUCCACGUUAUCCCGAUUUCUUUAAUAUGUCAUUUGGUUUUCGUCAUGACACAGCUGCCGCUUCUCCUUAUGGAUACACUGUAAAAUUAGCGCCUGAAAGUUAUCGAAAACCACCAUACGUGGAUGAGUCAUUGAUUCGUGGGAAGAAAAAAGGAGCCGCGUGGUUUGUAUCCCAUUGUAGUACGGCAAGUCAAAGAGAACUAUUGGUACAAAGAAUGCAGAGUGGAUUUGAGGUGGACAUUUAUGGAGGAUGUGGAACAAAGAAUUGCCCGAGAGGAGGAGAUUGCGAGAAGAUGCUCGAUACAGACUAUCAUUUCUACAUCACUUUCGAGAACUCGAUCUGCAAAGAUUAUGUGACAGAGAAAGUUUGGAAUCAAGGCUACGGAAGAGAGUUGAUCCCCGUUGUGCUGAAGAGAUCAAUCGUGGAAUCCUAUCUCCCACCAAACUCCUUCAUUGCAGCUGAUGAUUAUGAAAGUGUUGGAGAAAUGACAAAUUAUAUGAAAUAUUUGAUGGACAACAAGACAGCUUAUAUGGAAUAUUUCAAUUGGCGUAAAGAUCAUAAAGUCGUGUUUUUGAAUGGGAAAACGCACGAUAUUCUCGAGAAACCAUGGGGAAUGUGCCAAAUCUGUCGAUUGUUAUGGGAAACACCGAUGCCCCAUCAUUCAAUUACAGAUUUCCGCGAUUGGUGGGAAAAUUCAUGUGAAUCCCAGGGGAAAUUGGUGUCCGAUUUGUUGAAGGGAAGUCAGCAAAUUGAACAAAAACAA